UAUAUGGGCACCUGUUAAUCCGAUAACCAAUAUUAAAAUGAAAGUUAACCCUAAUCAGAAUAGGAACAUAUAGAAACAGAGCAAAUGUAAUAUGUGGUUCUAGCUAAUUGGAAACAUGAUUAGUAAAAUGGAUCUAAUAAGCCAAAUCAUAUAACCUUUGGGAAAUAAAAUGCUGACUAUCAACAAAGUCAUAAUUAAUUUCAGAUUAAUUAAGGAUCAAUUUAAUAAUCUAGAAUUGGUGGUUCAUAGAUUUAAAGCAAUGUUUCUAACAUUUAAAAUGUAACAUCAUAGCCUUUAAAUUAUACUGAAUAAAAAUAGAGAUUGUCAGCAUUUAGUGGAUACUCUUAAACUGAUAGAACUGCAGGCUUGGUUAAAGAUCAAGACAUUUAAAGAAGACCAAUUAAUUUAGCAAAAAGAAAUAUAUUUUGA